UCAGAGCUUCCUAUCCUAGGAGGAGACUAGCACAAGGCUGUACCAAGUAGGCAUGGAAGAGCUCCUUGUUGGGUAGCAACCCCCACGUCUCCCACACCCUUUGGGUUAUAAUUGAAGUAUGGGCUGAAGGGUCAGUCUGGGAGGUGUCAUGCUGGGAGGUGUAGGCUGAAGAUACGAGCUGAUGAACUCUGAAAGGGUCCAAGAGGUUUCACCAGCGGACAGCCUGAUUUCUCUGGAAAUUUCUUAGACUAUAACCUUUUCUUUAACUUAUUGCCUUUGGGUGGCUGCUGGAGACAUGGGCAUGGCUGCGGUGGAGGGGAAAAUUAUUGUGAAAGUAAAGCCAUGGGGGGCCCUGCCCAGUUCCUUGCCAGGACCCCCUGUCUUGUUUCCUUUGGGGCAUACCUCUCUCCCACUUCACAGCGUUCCCCAGUGCAGGUCACCUUAGUGCCCAGGCCUGCUUCUUUAUGUCCAUGGCUGGGGGCGCUUUCCGUUCCCCAUACUAAAUAAAUUAUUCUCAGCUCCUGCUCUUAGUGUGUGAUGCUGGAGCUGAUUCCGAAAGAUAAGUGUUCAUUUGAGAAUUCCCUGCUGUCUGAUUAGUAAGCAAAUCAUGCACUUACGGCAAGGGGACACUGGAAAACGUGAGACCACAAGUCAGUAGCUAGCUUAGAUUUUCCUGGCGGGGUUAGAGCUAACGACUUUCCCCUCUGCCAUUAGCGGCCACAGCCUGUCUGGGUGACAUUUCUUUAUCCCUUAACCACGGAGCAGUGGGUGAUCAGAUCGGCAAUUUCCUUUCACAAGAGACCCGGGAACGCCCUGGAAGUUCUGUUUCAUCCUUAGGCUUUUCCACGCUUCCCCCUCCCCGGGGUUGCAACGCCCCCGCGCCUCAUCUGCCUGGGGAUUUCGAGCCGCAGCUCUGGCCCUCUCCGCGCACGCCGGCGGUAAAUCGGUUCUCCGAACACGUCUAGAGUCUCGAGGGCUGGGAGCAGCUCGGUAGCCCCGGCUGGGGUGUCGCCUGACUCUAGGGGUCUAGGCGGUGCAGCCGUUCUCGUCACUGCAGAGAGGGCCGGGCUCUCGGUCGCGCGCCCGCCGCCGCCGCCGCCGCCUCCAUGCUGCAGCGCCGAGCGCAGCUCCUCUGGGCCGGAGGGAGGCCUAAGCUCGCCUGCACGGAAUUGGGGAGCUGGUCUACCUGGCCUGCCUGGACGGCGGCUGCGAUCCCAAACCACAGCUCCCCUCCUCUCGCCUGAGCUGCCGACUCGCGGGGCCGGCCGGCGGGAGGGGCGCCCACAGCGCAGCGAGCUGCGGCCAGAGGCCAGCGGGAAGCGGUGAGCCGGUGCAGGGCUGCUUGAAGCCCGGAGAGAGAGAGGAGCGAGGGAGAGAGGGAGAGAGAGAGAGAGGGAGAGAGAGAGAUUGAGAGACUCUCAUGUGUGCGCGUGUUUUUCCCUUCUUCCUUUGAGGAGGUGAAUGGCUUCUCUGCUCGCUGUUCCCUUAGGAGUCUUGAUUUUGGGGAGCUAGCUCUUGUCUAUGAGCACAACCCACCCAGAUACUUCAUUUUGCACGGUCGGUUGUAUCAGGGAAAUAAAACAGAAAACACAAGUGGACGGGGGUGGGGCAGAUCAAAGAAACCUCCUGCAAAUACACACAUGGGAGAAAGAGAAUUAAAAGAUCUGAGAAGACUUCACACCCUUACCACUGGCCCUUUCAUUUUCUAGCAAGAUCCUGGAUUCUUUCUACCCUUUCAAACCAUCUUGGUGAAUGUUUAAUGUUUUGUAAGCCACUUCCUAUCUAGCUGGGUGUGUUGGAUGCGCGUUUGUGCGCCUGUUCAUGUGCGCUCGCCUAUUUGAUGCAUUUGAGAGUCUUUUUUUUUAACCCCCCCUCAACUGCCCAGAAGCAAACGUGUUAACUCGGAAAUGCCCCUCCAUGCCCACCUUCUCUCAGAGCACCGAGGACACCCAGAUCCAUUUUUCUCCCUGGAUUCAGGGCGGCUGCUGGGCUGUGCACCCAGGUGUGUGGAUCACUUUACCCAGAGGCUUGGGAAACAGCGGCAUUAGCCAGCUUCCAGGUACAGCACAAGGUCAAGAGAGGGUCUUGCCACCUUUGUGCUUCAGCGCGUCUACACUUCCCUGUCUUGGCCAGAGGAAUAUGGACAUUUCUGUCUACAGCAUUUGAAGGCAAAAGUUCAACAGUUUGAGCUGAUUUACUAUACAAACACGGCGAAGACGAUUGCUUUCAAACUGCUUAAGGAAAUCCCAGACGCUUCUUCAGCCCUUUCGUGGGUCCUCAACGAAUGUCACCAGCUUUUGACUUACAAGGAUUUGGGUUGGAGGAGAACUUGAAGGAAACGUGAUCAGAGAGGGCUAUGCAAAAAGGAGACCACUCCAGUUGCUGCCCUUGGUCCGGUGAGCUUCGGAGGAAGCAGAGCUUGAAAAGAACCAGUUUUCUCCUUGUUGCUCCUUCCCGGUGCAGGAUUGGGAGUGCUUGUGCAAGUGUGAUUGCGCGCGCACCCGAGUGAGCGUGUGUGUGUGUGUGUGUGUGUGUGUGUGUGUGUGUGUGAGAGAGAGAGAGAGAGAGAGAGAGAGAGAGAGAGAGAGAGCGUGUGUGUGUGUCUGUGUGUGCGUGCGCGGCCGCCCAGCCUCUGCCCGCUCCCCGGGCGCGGAGCCGCGGGUUUCACCGGGCGAUCUGCGCUGAUCACGCACCCAGCACGACCUGCAGGCAGUGGCGGCAGUGGCAGGAGCCACCUCUCUGACUCUCUAGGAUGUCUGUGCUGAGCUGUGGAAAAGGGCAGCUAAGUGACGAGCGAGACCCUAGUACCACUGUGCAAGCCACCUGGAGCCGCCUUGCUGGGAUUGUACCUGCAUACAGAAAAGUCCUUCUCCGAUCGCCUUUCCCCCUAGAGGCACCAGGUAUAUUUGCUUGAAAUACCAUUUUCCAACAUUUCACCCUAAGAUAGUGUCUGUGUUUUAUGGAGAGGUAACUUUCUUGGAGGCAAGAAACAGAAGGAUUCUGCCUUUUAAACUACUCUUCAGACCUGUGUCUUUUGGUUGAGGCACUAAGAUCAUUGAUAUUAAGAGCUAUUAUUGAAAAGAGUCCCUGUAACCAUUCAACCAGGUGUUGAGAAGACAUGUAGUAGCCAACACCCUUCACUCUGAAGCCAUCCCCAGAGCCAGCUUUGGAGAUGCGUUCACUCUGUUCGUCUUCUGCUGUGGCCAGGCAGAGUGUUGGCGCCUUCACGGAAGUGAGGAACUCUUCAGGCUCCAGAAGCUCUUAAAUCUGAUCUACAAUGGAAAAAUUUUUCUUUUACCUGUUUUUCAUUGGCAUAGCUGUAAGAGCUCAGAUCUGUCCAAAGCGUUGUGUUUGUCAAAUUUUGUCUCCUAAUCUUGCAACCCUUUGUGCCAAGAAAGGGCUUCUAUUUGUUCCACCAAACAUUGACAGAAGAACUGUGGAACUGCGUUUAGCAGACAAUUUUGUUACAAACAUCAAAAGGAAAGAUUUUGCCAAUAUGACCAGCUUGGUAGACCUGACUCUAUCUAGGAAUACAAUAAGUUUUAUUACUCCUCAUGCUUUUGCUGACCUGCGAAAUUUGAGAGCUCUGCAUUUGAAUAGCAACCGAUUAACUAAAAUUACCAAUGACAUGUUCAGCGGGCUCUCCAAUCUUCAUCAUUUGAUACUGAACAAUAAUCAGUUGACUUUAAUUUCAUCUACAGCCUUUGAUGACGUGUUUGCUCUUGAGGAGCUGGACCUAUCUUACAACAAUUUAGAAACUAUCCCUUGGGAUGCUGUCGAGAAGAUGGUGAGCUUGCACACCCUUAGUUUGGAUCAUAACAUGAUAGAUAACAUUCCCAAGGGUACUUUCUCCCACUUGCACAAGAUGACUCGGCUAGAUGUAACAUCAAAUAAAUUGCAAAAGCUGCCACCUGACCCUCUCUUUCAGCGAGCUCAGGUGCUGGCAACCUCAGGAAUCAUAAGCCCAUCGACUUUCGCCCUGAGUUUUGGUGGAAACCCCUUGCAUUGCAAUUGUGAAUUGUUGUGGCUGAGACGUCUGUCUAGAGAAGAUGACCUGGAGACCUGUGCUUCUCCGGCACUUUUAACUGGUCGCUAUUUUUGGUCGAUUCCUGAAGAAGAGUUUUUAUGUGAGCCUCCUCUCAUCACACGUCAUACACAUGAGAUGAGAGUCCUGGAGGGUCAACGGGCCACACUGAGGUGCAAGGCAAGAGGAGACCCUGAACCUGCCAUUCACUGGAUUUCCCCUGAAGGCAAGCUUAUUUCAAAUGCAACCAGAUCUCUGGUGUAUGAUAAUGGGACACUUGACAUCCUUAUUACAACUGUGAAGGAUACAGGUGCUUUCACCUGUAUUGCUUCCAAUCCUGCAGGGGAAGCUACACAAACAGUGGAUCUUCAUAUAAUUAAACUCCCUCACAUCCUGAACAGUACCAACCACAUCCACGAGCCAGAUCCGGGGUCUUCAGACAUCUCCACUUCUACUAAGUCAGGUUCUAAUGCAAGCAGCAGCAAUGGAGAUACUAAAAUGAGUCAAGAUAAGAUUGUGGUGGCAGAAGCAACUUCCUCCACAGCACUACUUAAGUUUAAUUUUCAAAGAAAUAUUCCUGGAAUACGUAUGUUUCAAAUCCAGUACAAUGGUACUUAUGAUGACACCCUUGUUUACAGAAUGAUACCUCCUACAAGCAAAACUUUUCUGGUUAAUAACCUGGCUGCUGGAACUAUGUAUGACUUGUGUGUCUUGGCCAUAUAUGACGAUGGCAUCACUUCCCUCACUGCCACAAGAGUCGUGGGUUGCAUCCAGUUUACUACGGAACAGGAUUAUGUCCGUUGCCACUUUAUGCAGUCCCAGUUUUUGGGUGGCACCAUGAUUAUAAUUAUUGGUGGCAUCAUUGUUGCAUCUGUGCUGGUUUUCAUCAUCAUUCUAAUGAUCCGGUAUAAGGUUUGUAACAAUAAUGGACAACACAAGGUCACCAAAGUUAGCAAUGUCUAUUCUCAGACGAACGGCGCUCAGAUGCAAGGCUGUAGCAUCAUGCUGGCCCAGUCCAUGUCCAAACAGGCUGUGGGACAUGAAGAGAAUGCCCAGUGUUGUAAGGUGGCCAAUGACAAUGUGGCUCAACCUUCAGACAUGUCUAGUCAAGACUCUUCCACCACUACCUCUGCUCUGCCUCCUACCUGGACUUCCAGCUCAUCUGUGUCCCAAAAGCAGAAAAGAAAGACUGGCCCAAAGCCAAGUCCUGAAGCACAGAGUGAAGCUGUCACAAAUGUUGAGUCCCAAAACACUAACAGGAACAACUCAACUGCAUUGCAGUUAGAUAGCCCAGCUCCUGAUUCUGUCACAGAGGGGUCCACAUCUAAAAGAGCACAUACCAAGCCAAAGGCUGGACUUAAUGUGAAGAACACUACUUCUCUCUCUCCUGAAAAGAGUUGCCACUGAUAUUUUUACUGAAUAUAGUACGGAAAUGUUUCAAUUCACAAAGGCUGACCACUGACCUGCUGUCUAGAAGAAAUUGUCCCUGGGAGCGAAGCCGACGUCUCAUGCCAGUGGAACUGGCUCCCUUGAUCAUGAUUCAUUCCUUUUUAAAAUAUUUUUUUUUCUUCUGAUCAAGAAGUAUUUUUUUUAAAAGGAAAGAGAAAAAUAACAUAAUUGACAUCAAGUUCUGUAUCAAUCCAUCUAACAUUGCCAUUCAUGGUUUAACAGACUGUAGAAUCUUGAAUAAUCUAUAUCACUUUAAACAAAUAAAUGUUUUACUAUGA